UGAGGCUCAUUUUACUGAGAGAAAGAGACAGGUUGGAUCAUGGCUGGGCUGGUUUAUCCUCAAUACCCUGUGUUCCCAGGAUACAGACAGCCCUAUAGGCAACUACCCCCAUUCUACAAGCCCAAACAGCCUUACUGGAAGCCUCCAUACAAAGGGGUCCCAGGGCCUAUGAAGCCCACUAAUCCUCUGGACUGUUUGGAUGGGUACAAGUGGGCUCAGCUGAAGGCUUUGCUUAGUCAACUAGGCCCAGAGUUUGGCUUGGGCAGGCGUUUCACUAAAGAGGUGGGGGUGCAGGUGAACCCCCGGGUGGAUGCGUGUAUUCAGUGCUCUCUGGGGCCCCGGACCCUGAAGAAUUGCAAGGGUGGGCCCUUCCUAUUUCAUGCUGUGCCAGGGCAACAUGCUGGUUUGGGCAUUAUAGCGCCAGUCAGAUUCCCACGUACUACUGCGGUGUAUUCCCGCUUGUCUGAUCGUAGGCUCUUCACCCUGCCCACCCCAACCUAUGGGGGAAAGAAGGAAGGUGGGACCCAAAUGGAUCCUGUAGAAGAGGAUUUGUUAUUGAAGAGGCCGACCUUCCAGUUCCUGGAGCAGAAGUAUGGCUUCUUCCAAUGCAAAGACUGUCAGAUUCGAUGGGAAAGUGCCUACGUGUGGUGUGUAUCUGGAACCAACAAGGUUUACUUCAAACAGUUCUGCCACAAGUGCCAGAAGGGGCACAAUCCGUACUACGUGGAGUCAAUAGAGUGUAAGAGGUGCAAGAAGGCCUGGUGCUCAUGUCCUGAGAGGAGACACAUUGACCUAAAAAGACCUCACUGCCAGGACCUGUGCGGCCGAUGUAAGGGCCAGAGACUCUCCUGUGACAAAACCUUCAGCUUCAAAUACAUCAUCUAGCCCCGCCCCCAGACCUGCACUGUAGGCUGCGACUCCGGCGUAAGAGAAUUUACUUUUGGCUUUAGAAAUGGCUCAUGGCUAUAGAAUAGGUUUUUUUGUACUAUAGUAUCUUUUUUUUCUUUAUGUAAAAAUGUUUUUUGUAAAUAGAUUCUUUGUUUGGAACCAGAUUCCAUUAACUACUGUGUGUCUCACAAACUAAUGUAAGAUAUGGCUGCUGUGGGAGGGAAGGGUGGGGGCUUAUGUAUAUAUAUAUAUGAGCUAUCUGUAUUGCACACAAGCCUUAUUCUAUGUUUAAAUGACCCCAAAAAGCACUUUAUCUCAUAAUAAAAAUGUAAUUUGCUGUU